CAGCGUGCCCGUUCCAGACCAUCCAAGCACACAACUUCUCCUGUCUGCCCAGUGGUAGAACAAACUACCCUCCCAAGCUUGCAAGCUUGUCCUUAGUAGCGCUGGUUGCCUAGCUUAGUAAGAUGGCAUUCUCCACCAAGGUAGCCGCACUUGCUGCACUGAUCUUCUUGCUCCUGGUCACGUAUGGCUCGUGCGCUAGGCCGGUGAGCUUCAACGCCUCCGACUUCACCGCCGACCCCAACUGGGAGGCCGCGAGGGCCACCUGGUACGGCGCGCCCACCGGCGCCGGCCCAUACGACGACGGUGGUGCCUGUGGAUUCAAGAACGUGAACCUGCCGCCGUUCUCGUCCAUGACGUCGUGCGGCAACCAGCCCCUGUUCAAAGACGGCAAGGGCUGCGGCUCCUGCUACCAGAUACGAUGCGUCAACAACGCUGCGUGCUCCGGCAACCCGGAGACGGUGAUCAUCACUGACAUGAACUACUACCCGGUCUCCAAGUACCACUUCGACCUCAGCGGCACGGCGUUCGGCGCCAUGGCCAAGCCUGGGCGCAACGAAGAGCUCCGCCACGCCGGCAUCAUCGACAUCCAGUUCAAGAGAGUGCCCUGCAACUACCCCGGGCAGAAGGUGACGUUCCACGUCGAGGAGGGCUCGAACCCCGUCUACCUUGCUGUCCUCGUCGAGUUCGAAGACGGCGACGGCGACGUGGUGCAGGUGGACCUCAUGGAGGCCAACUCCGGGUACUGGACGCCGAUGCGCGAGUCCUGGGGAUCCAUCUGGAGGAUGGACUCGAACCACCGGCUGCAGGCGCCCUUCUCGCUGCGCAUCACCAACGAGUCCGGCAGGAAGCUGGUGGCCAACCGGGUCAUCCCGGCCAACUGGGCGCCUAACACCUACUACCGCUCCAUCAUCCAAUACUAGUUCAGCCACUGCGCUCUGUAACUCGCUGUCAUUGGCUUAAUUGUAUAUGGUUGGUGCGUUUUUACUAGGUAGUAGUAAUUAAGUGAGGAACCAGAAGCCCGGCAAUGCCGUAGGUGUUGUGUUUCAGCAAGAUUGGCAGAGUAGGAGAUGAGGAGGCUAGUUUGGAUGUGCUUUCUCGCCCAGUGUCAAUGUAUUUAUCAGUGUGAUCAAGACUAUAAAAAGGUUUUUCUUAAUUCAGAACGUC